GACGGAGAGACACCACCAGCCAGCCAUGACGGACAGCUUCAUCCGCCACAUCGCCCUCCUGGGCUUCGAAAAGCGGUUUGUCCCCAGCCAGCACUACAUUCACAGCAGAGCUAACGACCUUGUGGUGCAAUGAUCCACGGACACCCGCGUCUGUAUGGCACACCUCGAACUGCUCAGGCUUGCAAGAGGCCUACAUGUGGAUCAUCAGAUGAGCCUGUACAGCAAAGGUGGCACUGACACACAGUGGAGUAAUACUCUGCUGUAAAAAAGAUACAUGUGUACAUGUUCCUGGUGAAGUGGCAGGACCUGUCCGAGAAGGUGGUGUACCGGAAGUUCACUGAAAUCUACGAAUUCCACAAAAUGCUAAAGGAAAUGUUUCCCAUCGAGGCGGGAGAAAUCAACCCCGCAAACAGGAUCAUCCCGCACCUCCCCGCCCCACGUUGGUACCACGGGCAGCGCACUGCCGAGAGCCGCCAGGGGACGCUGUCUGAGUACUGCGCUGCGCUCAUGGCGCUGCCCCCCAAGAUCUCCCGCGGCCCGCAUGUGCUGGGCUUCUUCAAGGUGCGGCCCGAAGACCUGCAGCUGCCCAGUAACAGCCCGACAAGGAAGGUAGAGACCUACCUGGUGACCAAGGAUGGCAAGAGCAAUGCUGCAGACAUCACCGGGCCCAUUGUUCUGCAAAGCUACCGUGCCAUUGCCAACUACCAGACGACCUCAGGCUCUGAGAUGGCUCUGGCCACAGGCGAUGUAGUGGAGGUCGUGGAGAAGAGCGAGAGUGGCUGGUGGUUUUGCCAAAUGAAAGCAAAGCGUGGUUGGGUCCCUGCAUCCUUCUUGGAGCCCUUGGACAGUCCUGAUGAGGCUGAGGACCCAGAACCCAACUAUGCAGGUGAGCCCUAUAUUAGCAUCAAAGCCUACACUGCCGUGGAGGAGGAUGAGAUGUCCCUGUCAGAGGGUGAGGCCAUCGAGGUCAUUCAUAAGCUCCUGGAUGGCUGGUGGGUGGUCAGAAAGGAGGACGCCACCGGCUACUUCCCAUCUAUGUACCUGCAGAAGGCAGGGCAAGAGGUGGAGCAGGCUCAGCGCCAGAUCAAGGGCCGAGGGGCGCCUCCCCGCCGGUCGACCAUCCGCAAUGCGCACAGCAUCCACCAGCGGUCGCGGAAGCGCCUCACCCAGGACACCUAUCGCCGCAACAGCGUGCGCUUCCUACAGCAGCGGCGCGGCCCAGCGCCCCACGGACCCCAGAAGCAACUGCAGAGCCAGCGAGCAAAGCCGCAGCCAGCAGUGCCCCCAAGACCCAGCACAGACCUCAUCCUGCACCGCUGCACCGAGAGCACCAAGCGAAAGUUGGCAUCUUCUGUCUCUGUCUGAGGCCUGGGCGCCCUCCUCAGAAAGCCCCUCCCCAUCCCUGUAUAUACUUGUGUGGAGCCCAACGCCCCGGUUGUAUGGGGCUUUCAGCCCACGAGGCCAUCAGCCACCCUCAAUAAAUGUUGCUUGCAGGGCACUGAGGCCUUGAGGAGGGUGGGCGUGGCUCUGUCCCAGUGACCUCCCCACAAUUGGGAGUUAAACAGAUUCACACUGA